UUUCAAAAAUCGAAUUGUUUACAACGCUGACACUACUAGAGUACCACCACCCCGUUGUGAAAAUAUCCCUCUUAUAUGUGUUUCUUCUGUACUGCGCCGCUUUUCCGAGUUUCUGACAGUCCAUUAAGUUUUUGUUCUAAAUUAAGAGGAUUUUUGUGCUUACUAACGAAAUAGUAAAGCGAAUAUUUUAGUAAUUAAUGCUCUAUCGGUAAAAUGAAGCUGAAAACUAUAUCAGAGACGUUCAAUAAAGAUGAGUUGUUUAAAAAGGUUUGGAAUCUUUCAGCUGACCAUUGUAUGGAUGUAGUUUUGAUGAUGUUUUCACAUGCUGAUGGGACAACACUUCUUGGCACUCACAAGCUAGAGCAAUUUAUUGUAACAACUGAACUAUGCCAAUUUACUUCAAAAAUAUGCAAUCGACCUCCACUUUAUCGUCCUACUUUAGACUGUACUGUUGCAAAUGAUUUUGUUUCUACUGAAUUUGAGCGAUAUAUUGAUUUGGUCGAAGACAAUGCAUACGAGUUAUCAAGUGUUCCUAACAGCGAAGUACUUGUCAUCAUUGCAAAUAAUGAGUGUCGCAAGUUUAUAUUUGCUUCUCCACGUUUGAGGCCUUAUAUUACAUCUAAAGAGUGCAUUUCAUUAAUUGAAGGUUGCUUGGGAAAAGGUACAUUCACUGCUCAUCAAGAAUCCAAUAUGAAUAAAUAGCAAUUAAUAACUUUUGCAUCACUAAAAAAUUCAGUGUUGCUAAACGUCUCCUCGUGACAUAUAACAGUCUUCUUAGAAAUUCAGUCUAAAAGUACUUACCUUUAUGCUUGCCUGAUCUUUCUAUUUAUUAAUAAUAAUAUUAGUAGAAUUAAAAUAACUUAUAGUAUUAAACUAUUAUUAACUAAUUUAUUUAUUAAGAAUUAUUUAUAGUAUUGGCCCUUAAAAAAUAAUAGUAGUGUCAAAAGUUACCUUUUAUUCAAGACUUAUUGUUUUGUUUUUAUAUUUUAAUGAUGAUAAUUUCUAUUUAUUAUAUUUACUUUAAUUGCCUAAAAUUUAUUUUAAUUAAUUUUUUUUGAUUGACACAAAUAUGUUAAUAGUAUUUUAUCAUAAAUAUAUAUAUAUUUAUUUUUUAUUGUUUAUAAGGCUGUAAAUGUUGCAUUAGAUCUCAUUAUAUUUAUUUAAUUUUUUUUUAUUAUUCAAAAAAUAUUAUUUACACUAUAAGAUUGCCAAUAAGAAGUAAUACUACACAAUAUCAAUGACACUUGAAUACAGGAUGUUCAAGAAUUUUAAUAUGUUCACGAGUGAGACUGGGUAGACAGUAUGCUACUUAAUUUAUAUUUAUAUUUUUGUUUUCAAUUGUUUGAUUGUGUGACUUGUAUGUUUAUAUAUUUAGUGUUUUUUGUGUUGUUAUUUAUAAUUUUGAUUUCUUCAUUAAAUGAAUAGUUUCAUUUAUCAACUGUAAAUCUUUUAUUAUACGAAUUGAAAUACAUUUCAUUCUACUAAU